AUGGAUCGCGACGAGGAGAAGGGCCACGGCGACAGGUCGCUGCUCUUCAUAGGCGACGAAGACGACGACCUCGGGGUGGACCGGGACGGCGGCUCGCCGCCCUCGUCCGACGCGGGAUCCUCCUUCUCAGAGAGGAGCGACGACGGCAUUGACGACGACCCAGGCGGCGGCGACGGGAGCGGCAGCGGCAGCGAUGACGACGCCGAUGCCGACGGUACCGGCACGCAAGGCCGCGUACCCAACGUCGCAAGGCAGCAGGCCGCGUGGCCGCAGAGUUACAGGCAGUCGAUCGACAUGCUGAGCGCCGUGCAGUCGCCGACGGUGAGCUCGAUCAUGGCGGCCAGCCCGAGCCUAACAAAAUUCGGGAACUCCUUCAUCAAGGCCGGCAGCUCCUUCUUCCUCAACAAGAAGGCCGCCGCCGAGGGCUCGCUGCCGCUCACCAGGCCGCUGCUGCCGCCCUCGCUCUCGCAGCUGUCACAGCAGGGGCCGCCUGCCGCACGGCUGUCCACGGACAGUCUACCGCCGCGUCCACCGGCACCGGCACCGGCUCUGCAGGCUCCCACCAUGCAGCAGAGGCCCUCCGCGGCGUGCCUGAAAUCCAAUUACAUCGAGCUCCCUCCGCCGUCCUCCAAGUGCAGCAGUAGCCAGUCUAUUAUCAACGGGCUCAAUGUCCUGUGCGGUGUUGGAAUUCUCACCACGUGUUUUGGAAUCAAAGAAGCGGGGUGGUUAAGCCUCCUCCUCCUUCCCUUGUUGGGUGCCUGUUCAUGCUACACAGGUUUGCUUCUCAAGAGAUGCAUCGACAGUUCACCGACCAUCGAGACCUAUCCUGACAUAGGACAAGCCGCUUUUGGUAUCUCUGGCCGAAUAUUUGUAUCGGUUGUCCUCUAUCUAGAGCUCUAUGCGUGCUGCGUGGAGUACAUCACACUGCUAGGAGACAGCUUAUCAUCAGUGUUUCCUUCUGCGCAUCUAGCUUUUACCGGCAUCUACUUGAACUCCCAUAAUCUCUUCGCCAUUACUAUGGCUUUGGCAAUCCUUCCAUCAGUCUGGCUCAGGAAUCUCAGCCUGUUAUCCUAUCUUUCUGCCGGAGGCGUGGUUGCGACGAUGACAGUCAUUGUCUGCCUCUUUUGGGUUGGUAUUGGGGAUGGUGUUGGGUUCCACCCUUCUGGUACCGCACUGAAUCUGACCCGCCUUCCAGUGGCACUUGGCUUGUAUGGGUACUGCUUCUCGGGACACUCUGUUUUCCCAAAUAUAUACUCAUCGAUGAAAGAGCGCUCGCAGUUUCCUUUCGUGAUCCUGUUCUGUUUCAUAGUAGUCACAGUUGUGUACGCCGGGGUCGCGGCCACAGGGUUCCUGAUGUUCGGCGAGAACACAAUGUCGCAAUUCACACUGAACAUGCCGCAGCAGUACAUUCCCUCGAAAAUCGCCAUUUGGAUGACGAUUGUGAAUCCAUACACCAAGUAUGCCUUGACGAUGACGCCGGUCGCCUUGUCGAUAGAAGAGGCUCUGCCUAAGAAGAUGCGGAAUUACCUAGCCGGAAUGUGUGUCAGGACGGCUCUUGUCCUCUCGACAGUCGUCGUGGCUCUGUCAUUUCCAUACUUUGCCUUGGUGAUGGCGUUGCUUGGAUCAGUCUUCACAAUGCUUGUGGCCCUGAUCCUCCCAUGCGCAUGCUACCUCUCCAUCAAGCGAAACUUGGUACCGUUGUGGGAGGUCUUUUUGUGCAUAGGAAUCAUACUGAUCGGCAUGGUUUGCGCGUGCAUCGGAUCGUACACCUCGAUUAAGCAGAUGAUAGGCAGCAGCUAG